AAAAUAAGUGUACAUAUAUCAUCAUUAUAUUGUAAGUCAUUUAUAUUCAUAAACAGCUGUUAGCAAAUGAACUAUUUGUGAACGGUUUCAAGAUAGACAAUUGAUUAAGCUUUAACGGGAUACUGUAGUGUGGUUAACGGCAUUUUACACCUUUAUUACUUGAUAUAUAACAAACAUAAAUUUGUACAGAAAUGCGAAUAGAGUUGCUGUUUUGGAUUUGUAUUUAUUCAUGGAAUUAUGCACAGUGCCUCAUAGAUCAUACAGGUGUAGACAUAGGUUACAGCUGUAAACACGACACUGAAUGCAAGGCAGGAAACGGUGGAGAAUACUCUAAAUGCAACCAAGACUUGAACAUAUGUAUUUGUACAAUCAACCACCUUGGUGAGGAUAAAUGUAUGCACGACAGUGAUACAUAUUACCGUGUCUGCAGACCCAAGACACUUGAUAUAGAACCGGGAAUUUGUACUUUAGAAUGUUCUCCAAAAGGAACAAUAAAAUGGAAGGAAAAUCAAGAUUGGUAUGGUGAAAUUGUACAGCCGUUUGCACCAUUUAUUCUCGAUAAAAAGACAAGUGUUUGCUACGACCCGAUGAGAGCAUUGAACAGCGUCCCUGAUGGUUUUGAAAUUAAAAUGUCAACUAUACCAAAUGCUGGUUUAGGAGCUUUUACAAACAUUUACAUCGAACAAGACACAAUGUUUGGCCCAUACAAAGGUACCUUUGAUGAAGACACAGAGAGCGCCGAGGAUUCAGGUUAUAGUUGGAAGAUAGACACACGGGAAGGUGAGGAUCGAGCUGACAUUGUGUGGGUAGAUGCAAAAGACAUUGCUCUGUCCAACUGGUUGAGAUACGUAGACACUCCAAUUAAUGCGGCCACGGAAAAUAUAGUUGCUGUACAACAUAAAGGCGAAAUUUUUUAUCAAGCAUUCAAGUCCAUACAACCUGGAACAGAACUGUUUGUUUGGUAUGGCGAAACUUAUGGCGAAUUUCUAGGAAUAGAGAAAUUUGAUUCGCCCAGAUACUAUUACGCAAACCCGGGGUACGUGGGCGGUUCAUGCGAGGCGGAAGAAGAGGGAAGUCACUGCCUCUAUGACAAGAACACAGUUUGUGCAGAUCAGACAUGCUUCUGUAUACCUGGAACUCAUUUUAGAGCAGGAAUGUGUACUUCUGAUGAAACCUUGGGUGGAAUAUGUGCGAGGUCGAACGGGGAAACUUGUAAACAUGAUAAAAACGCAAUGUGCCAGAGAGGAGUAUGUAUUUGUAAAAUCAACACUACCCCCGCUAAUGGAGUUUGUGCACUUGAUGAAACAUUUGGUGGACGAUGUGUAGGAAGAAAUGGCGAGAACUGUUUGUUGGAUAACAACACUGAAUGUGUAAAUGGGAUAUGUAGAUGUAGAUAUGGUACUACUGGGAUAGGCGGAGUUUGCAUCACAGAUGAGACAUACCAAGGAAGAUGUAUCGGUGACGACGGGGAAGCUUGUGAACUGGACCAAAAUGCUAAAUGUUUGGAUAGCUUAUGUGUAUGUAAGGAGAAUGCCAGUGCAAUAAAUGGAAAAUGUCAACUUGAUGAAACACUAGGUGGUAAAUGUUUGUCUAAGGAUGGCCUUUCGUGCACAAUGGACGAGCAGGCAAUAUGUUAUAAUGGUAUAUGCGUAUGCAAGAAAGGAACAACCGAUGUUGAUGGAAAGUGUAUUACAGAUGGCUUUCUGAGAGGAAUGUGCAUGGAAGGAAAUUGUCUUGGACCGAACUUGGUUUGUGACACAGAAUCGAACUCUUGCGUUUGUCAAUCUUCCCAUUUUCCUCACGCUGGCAAAUGUGUGAAAGAAUAGGAACAAGAUUUCAUCAACUAUGUGCAAUAUUGUGAAUGAUGUAUUUAUUUACAAACUAAAGUGGUUCCUAUUACAAUGUCUUCGAUUAAGUGCACAAAAAUAAGACGAGAUUAUAUCUUAUACUUAGAAGCUUUAUCCAGGGAAUAUACGCAGUUUUUCAUAAUUCUAAUUUAUAUACAGUGCAACCUCUCCAGAGCGGCCCUUUCUAUAGGAAAACCCUCUCAACAACAGCAUCAUCAAAAUUUUCCAUAGCUGAAAUUUACUAUCAAUUUAACCUCUAUACAGCAACAACCUCUCAACAGAGGCCAAUAUCUGCAACUCCCAAAGGGUGUUGCUCUGCAGGGGUUGCACUGUACAUGGGAUUUCGUUUUGUUUUUGUUUAUUCGGGUAGCUUUUCAUCUAGUUAUUUAUUUGAUACGAUCUUCUUAGUGAUGUAUGUGUCACUUAAAUUCCUGUUUCAUGAGUGUAUCACGUGUGUAGUGCUGUUAUAGUGAGAAAUGUGUCUGAUGUUUAUGUGUCUUGACUGGUUAUUACGACCAGUUUCUUUUUGCUGUGUAAUAGAAAUUAAGUGAAAUGUUUCUUAUAUGCUGUUAUAGAAAUUGCUGAUUUAGACAUGUUGACGGCUAAAGUAAAACCAUCAGGAAAUAUACGUUAUACAAUAAGCACGAGUGAUUAGCAUAAUAGAAUAUAAAACCUGACCGCAAUGUGUUUUAUAAUACAAUUAGGUGACAAUUUCUUAUGUCCAUAUUGCAAAAAAAGUAGUUUCACAUAUGUAAAUUUAUAAGAAGAUUGAAAAAGAACCCGGAACCGGAACAAAAUAUCGUAAAAUUACUUCACACGCUCGCUUAUAUUUUCUUAAAUAUUAAAAAAAGUCACAAACUAGUUUCGCCGUAAAAGGCUCGUCAGUGUGUCUACAUAUAAAACAAUAAAAAGGGGAAGUAAUUCAAUAGUUCUGAAGCCAAGGUAACAAGGGACGUAAUUUUUACGUCAAACAGGAGAGUUAAUGAUGUUAUAACGUUAUGUAUCUAUCCGUAUAAUGUUAAUUGUUCCGCAUGUUUAAUUUAAAACAGUGAAGUAUAUUUUUCUUUUGUUAAUUUAACUGAUAAACCGUUCGUUUUCAGUUUAUAAAAUGUGAAUAUUGUAAAUUUUGGCUCUUGUACAGCAAAUGUCUAUAUGACUACUAACAGGUUAUUGUCUUAGCGGUGGGUCUCUGAUUUGUUGAGAAUGAAUUGAUUUGUGUUCUGUCUGACUUAUGUAAUGUUCGUUGCAGCCAUUACAUGUCAAAACAUAAUGCACGUUUUUCACGUCACAGGACAUGUUUUUAUUUACAUAAAAUAUUUUUUCCAUUAAAGUUUCGUCUAUUUGGUCACAUAGGCUGCAGUUUGGUCUGUUGCAUUUAUAAACUCUGUUGUUUCUCUGGAUAUUGUUUUCAGAAUUUUUGCUCGAGUUAAUAUUUUCUUUAAGUUUUGAUGGUUGUCUUUUGCUCCUUAUGAUGUUAUUGGCUCUAUUUAAAUAUAUACUUAAAUAUGUAAAAUAAAAACAUGCUUUUUUUUUAAAUGUUGAUAAGGUGUAAAAACUGUUUGUUUCCGGUAUCCCGACCUACCCUAAUUUUUUGGCCCGGCCCUUAAUGUUUUUAUGGUUUUUGAGAUUUUUUUUUCAACUUUCAACAAAAAGUUGCAAACCUGCCCUUUUUAUGCUUUAAACAUGGUCAGAGAUAUUAUAAAUCAACUUACUGAUGCUCUAAAGGCACAGCCCCCUUAUAUGUAUUCAUUUUUUGACACAAAAUAGUUUCCGAAAAGUCCCACUUAAUAUAUAAAAAAAAUACCGACCUACCUACCCUAUUUGUUUUAGCAUAUUACCAGACACAAACAUUUUUUACGCCUUACAAUGCAAUUUACUCUGUUUAGUUUUCUUCAAUAAAUAAAAAUUG